CCAGAAACGAGAUUCACAGACCACGACGACGCUGGGGACGAAGUCGACGACGAGAAACGAAAACAUUAUUUUUCUGUACAAACAAAACGCGGGAUUUUUAUUCCGUAGCAAGUGAUUGUAGGCUUUCAGUUUCAAUAAAACUUUCGAUGGUGAACUACAAUAAUUGCAAGCGUCAGUUUGUAAUCAUUAUUAGAAAAACAAGCAAAAUAAAAAAACACGAAGAAAAUUUCUACAAAACAAAUAAUACAAAUUUUAAAUUUAACACAAAAAAAAACUAAAUAAACGCAAGACAUUCUUUUUUUGUGCAUAAAACAUUUUCUUUGGAAAUUAUAUAUUUUUUUUUAUUUCUUUCAACACAACUUAUGCAAAAGUAUCGAAUAACUUAAAACAGAGUGCUAAAUAAGAAAGAGUAAAAUAAAAAAAAAUUAAAGGAGUCAAUGAACGUUGCUGUUACGUUACGUGUGUCCUAAAUUCAGUUUUAAAAAAGAGUGUCUUAAAAAUAAUAUUAAGAUAUAAAUAAACCUUAAACAUUUCUUAACCUCAGUGACAAUAACAACUUGAUAUUAAUAAAAAAAAAAAAAUUAUGGAUGUUUGCGGAGUAUAUGUUGGAGAUGGCAGCUUGGCCUUUGGUAGCAUGCGGAAUUCCUAUUACCGAGACUAUGAGCAAUUCCCAUAUGGAACUCUUGAAAACCAGCCUAGUCUGAUAUUGAAAGACUCCUACAGCAAAGUAAAAGAGAAAUGCCAACAAACAAAGGUUGUUAAGUCUUCAAAGAAGGAAUGUCCAUUUUGUAAAGACCAUAAAAAACGUCCCUUAACAAAAUAUCUGCGAACCCGUGUUAUGCGUAAACACAAUGAGAGUAUUUGUGAGGAAGAAGAAGAAGAAGUAGAAGAGGAGGAACAACAAGAAGAACACAAUCACGGCGAUCAACACAGGAAAUGAAAACAUGCGGGAUAUGAAUACAUUUUUACCUUUGUCUUGUUUUAAGAAGUUAAGCAGCUUAACGGAAACAGAAACAAUACUUUUCCUUCUUGAGUGGAUUUUAUAUUGUUUAUUUUUUUAAAGUUUUUUUUUUUCAUAAUUCAAGUAAAAUCAUAUUUAUAUUUAAGACUGAAACGACUAAUAUAACAUUUUGGCAAAUCUAUCGCGACAAAAAAUAACAAGAGAACAUCAAUUUCACUUUGAUUUUUUUUAUUUUAAUUAAUUUUUGUUAUAUUUAAUUUGUCUAUAUUAGACACAAAUAUAUGUAUUUAUUUAAAAAAAUAAAAAAUAAAUAUAUAUAAAAUAAAAUAUGUUAUUAAUAUAUUUAUAUAUAUAACUUGUAUAAUAUAUACAUACAUUUGCAUGUGUAUUAUAUUUACAAUAUAAUAAUUAAUAAGCCUUAUGCAUUUAUUAAAAACAAAAUACAGAAAAAAAAUAAAAUGUAACUAGAAAUGUUAAAUUUAGAUUUGUAUAUUUGAAGUUUUAAAAUAUUAUUAUAAUGUAAUCUUAUAUACAAGCUGAUAUUAUAAUGUUUACAAAAAAGAAACAAAAAAAAUAAUUAUGUAUGUGUUUGUUAUAUACGAGAUAAUUUGAAUUUCGUAUAGUUUAUAUAUGUAAAUUUUAUACAGAAUGUUGAACAAUUCUGUUAAAUACUGUUUUAACAUAAGAAAAUACGAACUAAUAAUAAUCAUUUAAAAAUAA